AUGCUGGGUCAGAGGUCUAUCAAGGUGAAUGGCGCCGACUGCGGCAUCGAGUCCAUCAUCUUGGGCAUUAUCACGUCCAUCGGUGGAUUCCUUUUCGGUUACGAUACUGGGCAGAUUAGUUCUAUGCUCCUCUUCCGAGACUUUAUAGAUCGCUUCGCAACCGGUUAUGACUAUGAUAAGAACGAAAAGGUCUUUGUGCCUAUUAUCCAGUCGACCAUGGUCAGUCUCAUGAGUAUAGGAAGCUUGAUCGGUGCUCUAUCCGGUGCCUACACUUCUGAUUGGUGGGGACGUCGAAAGAGCAUGACCUUCGGAGUCGCCUUGUUCAUUAUUGGUAAUGUCAUUCAGAUCACGGCGAUGGAAUCGUGGAUUCAUAUGAUGAUGGGUCGAUUUGUUGCCGGUCUUGGUGUUGGUAACCUCUCCGUCGGUGUUCCCAUGUUCCAGUCCGAAUGCGCCCCUCGCGAAAUCCGUGGUGCCGUCGUCGCCUCCUACCAACUCAUGAUCACAAUCGGUAUCCUGGUUUCCAACAUUGUCUGUCUCGGCCUCAAGAAGAUCGAUCACAGCGACGCAUCCUGGAGAAUCGUCAUUGGCCUCGGCAUUGGCUUCUCUCUCCCUCUCGGUAUCGGUAUCCUGUGUGUCCCCGAGUCUCCUCGAUGGCUCGCCUCCAAGGGCGACUGGGAGGGUGCUCAGAUCUCACUUGGACGUCUUCGCGGUAUGAAAAAUAAGCUUGAUCACCCUCUUGUCCAGGACGAUCUGAACGAAAUGCGCGGCAUCCUCGAGAAGGAGAAGCAAGUCGGCCAGGGCGGCUGGCUCGAGUGCUUCAACCCCAAGAGCGGAGUUCCCAAGCUCGUCUGGCGCACAUUCCUCGGUUUCUUCAUCCAUUUCCUCCAGCAGUGGACCGGUGUCAACUACUUCUUCUACUAUGGCGCCACCAUCUUCAAGUCUGCUGGAAUUGAGGACCCUAUCCAAACACAGCUCAUCCUGGGUGCUGUCAACGUUGGUACUACUUUCGCGGGUCUCUGGUUCGUCGAGAGAUUUGGGCGUCGUUGGCCUCUGCUCAUCGGUGCUAUUUGGCAAGCUGCCUGGCUAUGCGUGUUUGCUUCGAUUGGUACGGCUAUCAAUCCCGAGACAAACAGCACAGUCGGUAUCGUUCUUAUCGUCUGCGCGUGCAUGUUUAUUGCAUCUUUCGCCAGUACCUGGGGUCCCAUGGCUUGGGUCGUCAUAGGAGAGACCUUCCCUCUCCGUACUCGUGCCAAGCAAGCCGCUAUCGCUACUGCCGGUAACUGGCUUGGUAACUGGAUGAUCGCUUUCCUCUCUCCUAUCGCCGACGCUGGCAUCAAGUAUGCUUUUGGCUUCGUCCUGGUUGGAACCAACCUGGCUGCUGCUCUUCUCAUCUGGUUCUUCCUCUUCGAAUCUCGACAACUCAGUCUGGAGAAUGUCGAUCUCAUGUAUGGUCAGGAGGGUCUUAAGGCUUGGAACAGUCAUAAGUGGGUCCCACCUGGAUACAUCACCCGUGCCCAGAGAGAUGAGGCCGUCUUCCGCGGAAAUGACAAGGGUAGAAAUAGCGAGUCUCACUCUGGAGAGGAUUCUCGUGUUGAGAAGAUUGAUGCUUAGAGAGAAAGGCUGCUUGAGAAUAUUUGUGCAAGCACUGGAUGCAUACGCGGCGUUCGUUAUGGUUUUGUCACUAUAGUUAUCAUACGGAGUUGGCCAGUUUGACGUAAGAAAUGCG